CUCGUGCUCUUGUAUUCUUCUUAACUUCGUUUAUCACUUGUCCGGUUAAUACCUUUUUUUGGGCAUUCUUUAUCCUCAGUUUAUUUCAAAUGGUUAUUUGAUUAGCUUUGACCAUCGAGCCUCAAAAUCGUGAAGGCGGGUUGCUAUUUUUUUUUUUUUUAUCAUUUUGUUAGACUUUAAUUAGUUUCUCUGAGUUCUACGUUUUUUUCUGUUUUCCUUCCAAUUUUUGUGGCCACCAUUUAUCUUACUGUCACCAUCACAUACGCAUAUGAAUGUGGGUUGUUAUUUGCUGAUUCUAUUAAUGCGAGUUAUGGGUCCUAUACGUUUCUUAUAUCCCUCAAGAAAGAGCAGGACAUUCGAAUUGCUUGUGUUGUCAAUUUUCAGUUAACUGGAUAGAUACGCUCUAAAGUUUGGAUGAAAUUGGUUUCUUAAUGUUCAUUCAACUCCAUGUUUGUGUGUUGAUGAAAUCCGAGUGAUACUGAAUGAAUCACCUAGUGCGAGGCAUGCAGCCAAAAUUGGAUCAUGCUGACCAUUCAGAUCCAAAUACCAGCAGCAAUAAGCUGUAUGUGACCUGUUCUCAAGCUCAGUGCCGUGGCCUGGGUAAUGAAGCUUCCUGGAGUAGCAUCGUAAUGGAAGCAGAUAGAAAAACUAAUGAAGAACAUCAACAAACACAACUUCUUGUCCCUAGCGUGCCUUCAACAGUGAAUGAUUUUUUUGCUGUUGGCCCCUCAAUGGCAUGUGCCCCUUACCCAUAUUCUGGUCCCAGUUAUGUAGGGGUGACCCCAACUCAUGGGCCUCAGCCGCUGGCGCAUCCUCAUGAUGUAGGAGUUCAUACGGCCCAAAUGGUCUUGCCGCUGGAAAUUGCAGAGGAGCCUGUUUAUGUGAAUGCCAAGCAAUACCAUGGAAUUUUGAGGCGUAGGCGAUUACGUGCCAAGGCUGAGCUGGAAAAGAAGCUGAUAAAAGGCAGGAAGCCUUACCUUCACGAGUCGCGACAUUUGCAUGCAAUGAGAAGAGCCAGAGGAUGUGGUGGCCGUUUUCUGAACACAAAAAAACUUGGUAAUGAUACAACUUCUGCGAACACUACAACCAACAAUGAGAAUAGUGCUACUUGUGACCUUAGUAAUGCCCUUUCUCUUGAUUCAAAUUCAACUUCCGAAAAAAACCAGCACUGCUCACACGUUCAGGGAUUUGAUCUUGAAGGCGAGUUCUCGGCAGAGAGAGUCUAAAACUCUUGCUCACACUGGGGUUGGCAGUGUCCUCACCAUAAAUUAAAUAAACAAGUGUUGUUCAGUAUUGGGUACUGAACUUCCAAGCAUUUUCUGGCAUCUGAGACUUUAAGGACGGAGAUCUCAAGGUUUGAGAGCGACAGUAUGGUGGCAUUAUUGACUCCCUGUACUGGGCAAAUCAUUAUUGGCUUGCGAAACCUUAUAAUUGUGUCAGAAAACAUGUCACGGAGUCGACUGAGAUUGUACAAAAAAGCUUUCAUACUUGUUCACCUUUUCAGAAAAGAGCAAGAACCAAAUGUUUUUAUAGAGAAAUAAACAAGAACGGUUCAUUAUCAAAAGAGAAA